AUGUAUGUAAAAAUUGAGACGUCAAGAUUGGAUUAUUUUCGUAAUAAGCAACAAGAGAUUCGAUCUGAAGUAUAUCAAGGAAUAGUUGACAGUCUAUCAAUUGGACAAAGCAAUGCUUCUAAAGUUGGUAAAAGCAUCAUUCUGCCUUCUUCUUUUAUUGGAGGUCCAAGAGAUAUGCGCAAAAGAUAUAUGGAAGCAAUGGCUUUAAUCCAACGCUUUGGAAAACCGGACAUCUUUUUAACCAUGACAUGCAACCCAAGUUGGAAAGAAAUCUUAGAUGAAUUGGGUCCACAAGAAGAAGCAAAAAAUCGUCCUGAUUUGAUUGCACGUAUCUUUAGAGCAAAAUUAGAAGAACUGAAAGAUGAAUUAUUCAAACGGGAGAUAUUUGGGAAAGUUUCAGCAUAUGUAUACGUCAUUGAACAUCAAAAAAAAGGAUUACCACAUGCACAUUUCUUGAUCAUACUACAAAGAGAUUGGAAAAUCUAUGCUCCAGAAUCUAUUGAUGAAAUUGUAUCAGCAGAAAUACCUGACAGAGAAAGAAAUCUACAUUUGCACAAGACAGUAAAAAGACAUAUGAUGCAUGGCCCCUGUGGAGUACUGAAUCCGAACAAUGUGUGUAUGAAAGCAAAUGACAGUUGUAAAAACCACUUUCCAAAAAGUUUUGUACCUAACACAACCGUUGGAAUCGAUUGUUUCCCACAGUACAAACGUUGUGAUAAUGGAAUGACUGUCAAAGUCAGAGGUAAAGAUUUAGAUAACCGUUGGGUUGUUCCACAUAAUCCAUAUCUCCUUGCCAAAUUUGAUUGUCACUUGAAUGUAGAAAUUUGCUCAACAAUCAAAGCAGUCAAAUACCUUUAUAAGUACAUUUAUAAAGGUCAUGAUCGUGUUGCUUUCAACUUGAUUCCUGGACAAAACAUUCAAGAUAUAGAUGAAAUCCAACAGUUUCAAUCAGCCAGAUGGAUUGCUCCACCAGAAGCUAUGUGGAGAAUAUACGGUUUUAUUCUUAAUGAAAUGCAUCCAUCAGUUUACAGUUUACAUCUACAUCUUGAAGAUCAACAUCUGGUAGCUUUUCAUGCACAUGACAACCUUAACAAUGUUCUAAGAUCUGAUUUUACGGCAAAAUCAAUGUUGACUGAAUUCUUUUCAACAAAUCAAGCUAAUGAAAAUGCACGAAAACUACUGUACAAAGAAUUUCCUGAAGCUUUUGUUUGGAACCAGCAACACAAAAUAUGGACUCCAAGAAAGAAGAAAACUGUUAUAGGCCGCAUUGUUACAGCAAGUCCAUUCGAAGGUGAAAGGUAUUACUUACGGAUAUUGUUAAAUCAUAUAAAAGGCCCUUUAUCAUUUGACCACAUCAAAACAGUUGGCAAUGUCACUGCACCAACCUUUCGUGAAGCAGCUACAUUACAUGGUUUGUUACAAAGAGAUACCAGUUUGCAAGAUUGUAUGCAAGAGGCUUCCUUAUACCAAAUACCACACAGUUUAAGACGGUUAUUUGCAACAAUUUUAGUAUACUGUAAUCCAACAAAUCCUAGAGAACUUUGGGAAUAUUUUGAACAAGAUAUGUCAAGUGAUUUCCAAACAAGUGUUGCAACAUCAGCAGAUAUUAGGACAAAAGUCUUACGAAGCAUCUCUUCUACACUUGAAUCGAUGGGAAAAGACAUAAACAUGUUUCAUUUAAUAGAACAUGAUGUCUCUUUUGAUCAGAACGAAACUGAAGCUAGAGAAAUAAAUGAUGAAUUUGCAGUUCUGAUACCAGAAGAAGAUCUUAUGGCUUCGAUGAGUCUUAAUUCUGAACAACAACACGCAUAUGAAUCAAUUUUGCAGAAAGUCCUUCUAAAUGAAUCUGCUGCAUUUUUCAUUGAUGGUCCGGGCGGAACAGGGAAAACAUUCUUAUAUAAAGCACUUCUCGCUACAGUAAGAUCAAGAAACUUAAUUGCUCUUGCAACUGCAUCGUCUGGUGUUGCUGCAUCUAUUUUACCUGGAGGUCGAACAGCCCAUUCACGCUUCAAAAUUCCUUUAGAUCUUGACAAAAAUAGUACUUGUUGUGUAAGCAAACAAGGUGCUCUUGCCAAAUUGUUACGUCUUGCAAAGCUAAUCAUAUGGGAUGAAGCACCUAUGUCUAGAAAAGAAUGUAUGCAAGCAUUAGAUAAAAUGUUACAAGACAUAACUGAUUCAAGAUUACCAUUUGGUGGAAAAAUUAUCGUAUUCGGUGGAGAUUUUCGUCAGGUCCUACCUGUGAUUCGUAAAGGCACAAGACAAGAAGAAGUUAAUGCCAGUUUAGCAUCGUCAUAUUUGUGGUCCACUUUAACUAAGAUUAGGUUGAGUGAAAAUAUGCGAGCAAGAUUCGAUCCAAACUUCUCAAAUUAUUUACUUCAGGUCGGAAAUAGAACAACACCAAUCACAAUUGAGAAUAAGAUCAAAAUUUCCAAUGAAAUGCACAUUCCUUACAAAAAUGAUGUGGAGUCUUUAGAUGAUCUGAUCGAUGCAGUCUUCCAAGAUAUUGGCAGCUAUUCAGAAAAAUUUAUCCGAAAUGACAAAUCGAGCUAUCUUGACACCAAAGAACAACUCUGUCGAUGA